AUGACCUCCAACAAAACUCUCAUCUUCAAGAAGGGCCCCACUGGGCUGCCCGUCCCUGGAGAGCACCUCACUGUUGAGGAUCGACCCAUCGACCUCGAGCAGGCGGCUCCCGAGGGCGGCCUCGUCGUUGAGAUUCAAUAUGCCUCUUUCGACCCUUAUCUGCGCGGCAAGAUGCGUGAUCCCUCCAUCAAGUCAUACUCGCCAGCCUUCGACCCAGAUAGCCCCGUUGUCAGCGGCACCGUCUCCAAGGUUCUCAAGAGUGACAACGCGGACUACCAGGAGGGUGACCUCGUCGUCGCAUAUGUCCCCAUCGCCGAGUACGCCCGUGUGGCCAAGGAGGCUUUGUUCAUGGUCCAAAAGAUCUACAACCCCAACAACCUGGAGCUUGGCCUGUUCUUGGGACCUUUGGGCAUGCCCGGACUCACAGCCUGGUCCGGACUGCACAAGAUCGGAAAGCCCCAGAAGGGAGAGACCAUCUUCAUCAGCUCCGCCGCUGGCGCUGUUGGUCAGGUGGUUGGACAGAUUGCCAAGCGCGAGGGUUUGACUGUUAUUGGUUCCGUUGGAUCCGACCAGAAGCUUGAGUACAUCACCAAGGAGCUUGGAUUCGACUCUGGAUUCAACUACAAGAAGGAGAACCCCAAGGAGGCACUGCCUCGCCUGGCUCCUAACGGAAUUGACAUUUACUUUGAGAAUGUCGGCGGUGACCACUUGGAGGCCGCUCUUGCCAAUUUCAAUGUUGGCGGAAGAAUGCCCGUUUGCGGCAUGAUUGAUAUUUACAACACCCCCUACGAGGAGCAGAAGGGUACCAAGGGUCUCAUCCAACUCAUUGCAAAGCAAAUCACCAUGGAGGGUUUCUUGGUCAGCAACCCCAAGUUCGGCCGUGCUUAUGCCAAGGAGCACCAAGAGAACAUGCAGAAGUGGCUUGCUGAGGGCAGUGUGAAGGCGAAGCUGCAUGUGACCGAGGGCAUUGAUAACGCUGCCCAAGGUUUGGUGGACAUGCUCGUCGGAAAGAACUUUGGCAAGGCGAUCCUGAAGGUCAGGUAA